AUGCGGCAGCGUAUUGUUAAAGCCACCAAGCUUUCUUUUAGCGCGGAAGAAGGCGCUUUAGGCCCUAUAUUCCGCUCCACCGAGCCACGAUUUUGCGAUUUCAAUUUCACCUGCCUCCCUGCUGAGUGCCUCUCUCUAAGUAAGUGGCAGUGGCGCGCGGCGUGUGUGCGCACUGCCUUCUCCGAACGUAUUGCUGCCCGCCUGCCUAUUUCUAUUUCUCUCUGUCCCUGCGUGCCCGUUCGUCACUGCCCCCCUUCCCUCGUCUUUCGCUCCGGAGCGGGAGAAGAAGAGGCCCCCAGUGUCUUAUGCGUGCUGUUGGGCACCGACAUAACGGUUACUCCUGACGUCUCCCCCUGUUUUCCGCGGCCCAGCAAGCGCCAUAAUACAGAAAAACGCCAAUUAUCUCCAGAAGCUAGGAACCAGAGCGCCUACACGGCCAGCCCUCGACGUGCUGUACUGCACACGCUCCAUGGACGGCUUGGCUUCCGUUUCGAGGGCCUGCACAGCGCACUGACUUCUUGUUCUUCUCAGCUCGGCUUGUGCGACCAGGAGUCUAGGAUUUCGGAAUAUUGUAUCACAGAAACUGGGGCUCUAUGGACAGGCUCUACGCAAGAGCCAGUUCGUAGAUCGGGACCAAGGAGCCGGCAACCUGUGCUCCUUCCAGGUGUCUUGCAGACGCAGUUUGCACUCAUGGAGACCUCCAGCAGCACGGGCUUUGACCUCGACGGCCUGAUUGCUUCAACAUUGGAUGAUUUAGACGUGCCGAAGGAAGGGGAAGCACCGGCAGACACGACGGCCGACCCUCUCAGCUUCUGCCUGAAGGGCUUAGAGCGCGAACUGCAGCAUCUUAGAGAAUCUUCGAACCCUCCACCACCAGCUGUCGAUCUAACAACAUCAUUAGGAGCAGGAGGGCCCCCCGCAACCGCAGGGACGGAUGACACUGCAGGGCUCUUCAGUUUGCUGCAUACACUGACUUCCGUGCUGCAGGGAAUCGACAAAGAUCCUGCUUCCUCUUCCGGAACUCGCAAGGAGGCGGCACCACAGGCAGCUUCAGGCCUUGCUGCACUUGCUGCAGCGCUGCACAACGUAGGAUGUGAGACUCCUCCCUUAUGCACCCUUGCGGAGCCGCUACAGCAAGUGCUGAAGUUUUACGAGCCUUGGAUUCAGGAGCAGCAGCAACAGGAGCACCCUCAGCAGCAGCCUCAACAACAGCAACAGCAGGCGCUUACUGGUUCAGCGGAGCAAGCUCGACCGGGAGCCUGUGCGGAAGCAGGGCCACGGGAAGCUGCAACUGUAGCUGCGGAGGCUUUGGGAUCGACUGCCUUUGGAUCCGGCUCUGCACGAUAA